AUGUCAAAAAAGCAAGAGAAACUGACACAAGAGGAGAUAUGGGAUGACUCUGCCCUGAUUGACUCUUGGAACGAAGCCCUACAAGAGUACAAGAAAUAUCACAGCAUUCAUGCUAAGGGCGGAAGUGUACGGGAGCUGGAGCCUCAAAAUCAGGCGGAGGCGGAGGCGGAGGCUGAGUCUGGAUCUGAGCAACCCCAAGUUACAGAAACAGAAGAGAUUGAGUUGGAAUCGGGAGCAGCAGAACAAAACAAGGAGAUCCCAUCAUCGCGCAAUGAGUCUAAGGAGCCAAUCGCGUCCCAAGGGACUCCCUCAUUUCCUGUACAAACCGUCCUAGGUUCCGUCCAGGACGAAAGCCUCAAGAAACUCCUUAUGUCAUGGUACUAUGCUGGGUACUACACAGGGUUGUACGAAGGGCAACAGCAAGCUCAGCAGAAGUAG